GCCUCAUACCAGUCGGGCUGGAUUCUCAGGCGUUUGCUUGAGCCCCUAACCCCUUACCCCACCUCAUCCUCACUUUACACAACGCUGGGCGCAAAUUGGUUAGAUUGGGAGAGGCCAGUUUAGAACUAGCAAAGAGCUUGUGAACAGAGGGAGGGGUUCAGACAUGCUGAGAAAUCCUUUUCUUCAGGCAAACGUCUUUAAAUGUAAAAGCCCUAGCAAGUAAAAGGCCCAACUGGGCACAGGCUAUCGCGUAGGGGUCCCAGACAGGAGCAGAGGGGCGAGCGCCGGGAGCGCGGAAGUCCGAGGGGCGGGCGUGCGUCGGCGGCCGCGCAGAGAGCGCUGAGCGCUGGAUCGUGGGGUCGUUCGGUUGAAAGACUAGUCCUAACCGUGUGGGCUAGAGUCAGUGUAGCCCCCGGGGCCCUCCGCCCCUUCGGGGUGGGUGGUAUCUGGGGAGGGGAGUAGGCUAGGGCAGGAGAGACUGGGCCAGGCUGCACUUAGCUCGAGAGGCGUCGAGGGCUCUCCGCGUCUCUGGAGACAAGGGCACUACACGCACUUCAGAAUGAAGAGUUGUAAGACGCCAACCUGGGGCGGGCGGGGGUUGAACGGGACGCCCGGGUUGGCAUCAGCCCUCCAGACCACCCUGCCACUCCUCCAGCGGCGACAAAAUGCUGGGGACUACCUUUCUCCAGUCCACCCGCACCCACCCUUGGGGAGAGAAAACUGCACGUUCCGCUGCGGUGCCCGACCCUGCAUUGGGAAGUGGGGGAAUCAAGGCGGAAAUCAGGCCCCUGCGUCGCUGGGUGCGGUGGGGUCUGGAGGGGCCUUCUUUGGACUUCCCGACAUGUUUCCUGCUUUUUCCUCUCCCCACCAGCCUAAAUGGAUCGCUCCGCCUAUUUCCUCCCCGCUCCUAGGGCGCAAUGGAAUGUUCCAUCCCCCCUCCGGUCCCAGCCCUGCGUUGCGGGGGACGCUGGCACGGUUGCCAGGGAAAGCCCCGGACGUGACGGCUGUGCGCGACCCCGAGCAGCCCGCCCCCCACGUCCGUCAUUCCCGUGCGCGCUCUCCCCUCAAACCCUUCCCCUCCCCCGUGGGUUCCAGGCUAGAGAGAAGUAAACAGCGGGCGGAGCGAGGCCUACAGACCCAGGCCAGGCGGGAGCAUGCGGGGGCUCCGGGGGCAGCCGCUCCCCUCGGCGUGGGUCCUGCUCCUGCUGCCUUUCCUGCCGCCGCUGCUGCCUGCAGCCCCCUCGCCCCGCCGCACGCCCUACAAGCCGGUCAUCGUGGUGCACGGGCUCUUCGACAGCUCGUACAGCUUCCGCCACCUGCUGGAAUACAUCAACGAGGGGGCCUGGUGUGCCGAGCACUGCUUUCUGUCAUGGAUGAUCACAAUGUGGAUUCUUUCAUCUCCCUCUCCUCUCCACAGAUGGGACAGUAUGGAGACACGGACUAUUUGAAAUGGCUGUUUCCCACCUCCAUGCGGUCUAACCUCUACCGGAUCUGCUAUAGCCCCUGGGGCCAGGAAUUCUCCAUCUGUAACUAUUGGCACGACCCCCACCAUGAUGACUUAUACCUCAAUGCCAGCAGCUUCCUGGCCUUGAUUAAUGGGGAAAGAGAUCAUCCCAAUGCCACAGCAUGGCGAAAGAACUUUCUUCGUGUGGGCCACCUGGUGCUGAUUGGGGGCCCUGAUGAUGGUGUCAUUACUCCCUGGCAGUCCAGCUUCUUUGGUUUCUAUGAUGCAAAUGAGACGGUCUUGGAGAUGGAGGAGCAACUGGUUUAUCUGCGUGAUUCUUUUGGGCUGAAGACUCUCUUGGCCCGGGGGGCCAUAGUGAGGUGUCCGAUGCCCGGGAUCCCCCACACAGCCUGGCAUUCCAACCGCACCCUUUAUGAGACCUGCAUUGAACCUUGGCUCUCCUGAGGAUGUCCACAGAGUCCCCAGGACCUCCCCCGCCCAGAAACCAAGUGGUGGCCUUGGAAAGCAGAUGUCAGGCUCUGGCGUGCCUAUGACCACCUCAUUGCUCCCACACUGACCCCAUCUGCCAGAGCUCCCAGAACCCCCUCUUCUGUUCCUCCGUGAAUGAAAAGUUCCGGUCUCCCCUACCUCAUGUCCUCUUACUUGGAGGGCUGCUCCAUGCUCUCCCUUUCUCCCAAGGCUGAAGUUGGGAUGUGAGAAACCAGGGUUUUAACUUGUGGCUGCUGCUGCUGCUCUGUGUCUGGCUGGACAGGAGGAGAACCAGCCCCGCCCACCACAGGGGUCUUCCAGGCCACUCAGGACAUUUUUAGCUUCCAUCUUCCCCAUGUUCCCUUUUUCUCUGAACUCCUCUGUCAUCAGCCCUCCCAACCCCCAAGAGGGACUACCCAUGAGUGGGGUUCUGAGGCUCCCCCAUGGGGACAGUUCCAUUCUCAAAGUGUCAGUGUUGGGGAAUAUCUGUGGCCUGUGAGGCCCAUCUCAGGUUUGGGGAUCCCCCAGUCCCUAUGAUCAGUGUUGGGGUAACCCCUGGGAGCCUAGUUUCUUUGAGGCUCCAGUCCUUCUUUUAACUACCCUUGAAGGGGUGUUGCUCCUGUAUUUAUGGAAAUAAAGUUCCAUUUCCUCAG